AUGGUUGUCUUCAGCAAAAUCACGGCCGUGGCCCUCGGUCUCUCAACCUUGGGAUCCGCCCUGCCUCAUGCCCAGUCGCGCAAAGGCUUCACGGUCAAUCAGUUGAGCCGGCCGGCUGCCAGUCCCAAGACUAUCAACUUGCCUGCCAUGUAUGCCCGCUACCUGUCCAAGUACGGAGCCAAGGUGCCGCAGAGUGUCAAGGAGGCCGCCGAGAAGGGUAGUGCCAUCACGAAGCCGGAACAAUACGACUCGGAGUACCUAACCCCGGUCAAAAUCGCCGGAUCGACUCUGAACCUGGACUUUGACACUGGUUCCGCCGAUCUCUGGGUCUUCUCGUCCGAACUCCCCGCCGAUGAACAGACCGGCCACAGUAUCUACAAGCCCGGCGGUAACUCCACUAAGCUGAACGGUGCCUCCUGGCAAAUCUCAUACGGAGACGGCAGCUCCGCCAGCGGCGAUGUCUACAAGGAUACGGUGAACAUUGGCGGCGUGACAGCCAAUGGCCAGGCCGUCGAGGCCGCCAGCAAGAUCAGCCAACAGUUCACGCAGGACAAGAACAAUGACGGUCUGCUGGGUCUGGCGUUCAGCUCCAUCAACACCGUCAAGCCCAAGCCGCAGACCACAUUCUUCGACACCGUCAAGUCGCAGCUCGACUCUCCUCUGUUCGCUGUGACCCUGAAGUACCAUGCCCCGGGUACCUAUGAUUUCGGAUUCAUCGACAAGAGCAAGUACACGGGCGAAAUCGCCUACGCCAAGGUAGAUAACUCUCAGGGCUUCUGGCAAUUUACCGCCGAUGGCUAUGGGGUUGGAGACGGCCAGACCAACUCCAACUCCAUCACCGGUAUCGCUGACACCGGCACCACCCUCAUCCUAAUCGACGACACCGUCGUCGAAGAUUACUACAAGAAUGUCGACGGCGCCAAGCAGGACCAACAAGCAGGAGGCUACGUCUUCCCUUGCUCCACUGAACUGCCCAACUUCACCGUCGUGAUCGGCAGCUACAAGGCCGUAGUGCCCGGAAAGCACAUCAACUAUGCCCCCGUGCAGGAAGGCAGCCAGAGCUGCUUUGGUGGUAUCCAGAGCAACUCCGGUCUUGGAUUCACUAUCUUCGGUGAUGUGUUCCUGAAGAGUCAGUACGUUGUUUUUGAUUCGCAGGGUCCCAGGUUGGGAUUUGCUAAGCAGGCUUAA